AUGGUGGAUGAUGUACCUUGGAUUGUGGUUGGCGAUUUCAACUCUAUCAAAGAGGAUGAUGGUGAGCAGUUAGGAGGACAUCCAAGGCCUUUAUCGGCAAUGGCAGAGUUUAAUUCUUGCAUUCAUAAAUGUGGCCUAGUGGAGUUGAAUUAUAGUGGCUGUAAAAUGUCGUGGUGCAAUGGACAUAGGGGUACAUCGCGGAGUUGGGCGUGCCUUGACAGAGCCCUUUCGAAUACUGCAUUGAUCCGAUGCUUGCCACAGGUUCUUAUGGAGUACCUAAAAUGGAAAUCCUCUGAUCAUUGUCCAAUGUUGAUAAAUUUUGUUAGAGAUAUGACUGGAUAUGGCCCUUAUCCAUUCUGUGGGGAGGUCCAUGGGACGGGUCUGAUUCGGUUAGCAGCCAAACUUAAGAGGUUUAAAUCGGCUCUUAAAGUUUGGAACAAAGAAGUAUUUGGUCGGGUGGACCAUGCGAUCAAGGUCUUAGAAGAGUGCAUGGAAUUUCUUGAAUGUCAACUACAGGAUGGACAUGUCCCGGAUGUGGAAUGUGAGUAUUUACGUUCUAAAGUUGAAUUGGAGUUAUGGGAGCAUAGAGAAGAAAUUCGGUUGGCACAGCAGGCAAAGAGGAAGUGGCUCAAAGAAUGUGACCAGAAUACGAGAUUUUUUCAUGAUUUUGAGAAUCAACGUAGGAAAUCUUCGGCUAUUAAUAGAAUGGUGUUACCGAAUGUGGUGGUCUUGGAAACUCCGAAAAUGGUUCACAUGGAAGCACUUAAUUAUUUUCAGAACUUCCUUACAGAAGAGGGGCUGAAUGUUAUUCCAUAA